AAUAACACAAAUUUUUUUUUAUAAAAAUUAAUUUCGUAAAACUAAUUGCAAAUUAUGGAUCCCAUAAAAUUACGAUUUUUAACAGAGAGAUACAAGAAAGAAAAUAAAUAUGUAAUUUUAAUAGGAGAAUUUAAACCUUCCAUUAGAUCUAAACCGAUAACUGGUAAAUUUUAUGCAAAACACGAUGCUUUAUCAAUUGAAAAUGUUCCCGAAGAUUUUAUAAAAUUUAUAAUAAAAAAAAAGAAUGCAACACCAAAAGAUUUCUACUCAUAUCCACCUCCAACUGUUAAUAUGAAUUACGGUUGGUUUAACGAGCCAUUAAUUCAUCGAUCAAAAGAUCCAAGAUUACAAUUUGCAAGAAAAGGAAAUAAAUUUAUAAAAACAGAACAAAUAAUAAGAUACCUAAAUCGUGGACUGCCUGUUUCUAAAUUUGUUGGAAUUCCAUUCAAAAGCUAAUUUUUACAUUUUAUAAAAUCAUCGCAUCUAAAAAUAACAAUUAAAUUAAAAUUAUUAAAUAACAAUGAUUUUUAAAAGACACAAUAAAAAAUAUUAUUAGAAAUACGAAAUCGUUUCUACUUGCGUAUUUAUUAAUUAAUCUAAAAAAUUUUAAUUGGACUUUUUUUCUAAGG